GUCGUCCGCGCUGGCUUGUACGUCUUUUGCGCUCUAGCUAGUCCUCUUUGCAAAUUGAGUAUAGAUUUUGGGGCUCAGUUCUGUGUUGAGUUGGGCUAGACGAGUUCAUUGACGUUGUUACGUUUAAUUUGUAGUUCCCCUUAUUUGGCAACUAUUUUUCUAGCCCGGAAACUAGGCUAACAAGCUUGCCUAGAAACACAAGAUCCCUUUACUCCCUUAGCAACAAGGUAUCCCUGCGAACUUUCAGUUUAAUCGUAUGUUGUCUAAUUUAACAAUAUAAAAUACGUCAACGAGUUCACAAUCAAAAUUCUAAGACGGAAGUUCCAGCAAUGCUUGCUGUUGAACUUGAACGUCUGCAUGCCGAGACAGCGAGGCGGGGGAGCGAGUCCCAGCACGAACAAGAACAUGCGCGUCUCUGGGGAGCAACCCGUCAAGAAACGAAAGCAACACUGCACUUUCUGCAAAAACCAUGGCAUCAUUAGUAGGAAGAAUGGGCACGUAUGCAAGCACAAGGACUGUGAGUGCCUCCUCUGCCAGCUCACGACGAAGGCGCAGGUGGCGAUGCGUCACCAACAGGCGUUGUGGCGUCACCAGGGGCGUGAGAUGGCCAAGAAUAAAAACUUUCCUCAGCAUGGGCUCACCAACAGACAGUUGUGCGAUAAAUGCCGCAACCACGGGGAGUUCUUCAAGAAGCGUGGCCACAAAAGCGACUGCAAGUUCGAGAAGUGCGAUUGUCCACUCUGUCAAUUGACAGACAAGCGUCGGCUUGUCAUGAAGCAUCAGCAGCGAGUGCGACGGGCGAAUGUGACGGCCAAGGUGAUCUCAAGUGACGACGAAGACAGUAACAGUGAGAGCCACGAAGGAGCUCAACAGAACGAUGGUGCUGAGGCCUUAGAAGGGUACGAUGAGGGAAGCAGUGAAGAAGCUAUUGCUGGGGCUGUAAAAGCGGUCACGCUAGCAAUUGAAGCUUUACCCAAACAUUUUGGACCGUUUUCUCCCUCAGGCGUCGUUUCACGCACAAAUAAAAGCUCUGCAGUCAAUCGGGCCUGUCUCAAGCAUAGAAUCUUGAAAACAGAGUUUACUCUCCCAAGAAAAGUCAACCAAAGCGAAACAUUACAGCCGCCCGUCACGACAAAAUGUAACGUUCAACAAUACCUCGAGCUCGGCCCUAAUUCUUGGCUAAAACCUGACAACAGGAUGUCUCCACCUGACAGCAGGACCUCUCCACGUGACAGCAGGAUGUCUCCACCUGACAGCAGGACCUCUCCACCUGACAGCAGGAUGUCUCCACCUGACAGCAGGACCUCUCCACCUGACAGCAGGAUGUCUCCACCUGCUUCGGUCGCUUCUUAUUCCAUCGCCAAGUAUUCCCCUCAAACCCCCAAGUAUUCCCCUCAAACGCCCAAGUAUUCCCCUCAAACGCCCAAAUAUUCUCCUCAAACGCCCAAGUAUUCCCCUCAAAUGCCCAAGUAUUCCCCUCAAACGCCCAUGCCUAGCCAGUCAACACCUCCCCUCUUCGAGGCAACCGCACCCAUCAAACAGGAGAUCAAAGACGAAGAUGGCUGGCCAAAUGCACCCGUCACAGAGCCAAGCCUCAUCCACUCUCAUUUCCCGACUGCACUGCCGCCUCAUACAGGAGCCCCAAUGUUGCUUCCUCCUUCACACUCGACGUACCUGAACCGCAUGCCACCAUUUUACCCGUUGGUGUCACAAGCAGACGAAGCCUGUGCCACGCCACAGAUGUUCUCGCCUCCUCGAGGUAAUAUGCCUCCGAUGUUCAGCAGUGCGCGCUCGUUCUUGUUUAAAAAGUCGCCGCAAUCGGACUACAGUUCCAUGUCGAAAGCAUUCGACUCGUGCAAAAAUCGCAGCAUUAGGGACAUGCGUGAGGGCUGCCACAACUAUGAGAACGACAGUGGCGUCGUUGAUCGUGAUGAGUUCAUGUACGAGAAACUGUUUUCUCGCGGAGUAAUCGGCCACCCCCGAGAACGUAUAACUGUGCGAGACAGCAUAUCUGUAACUCAGACUGCUCCUUCCAACGCUCUUGAAGGGCUUGAUUACUUCGCCAAAAUGCAGCUCCAAAGGCAAUUUCCUGAACAUUUUGCAAGGAUUGCAGAACAAACUUAUCCUGCUCACCCGCCAGCAAGACAUCAUCCUCCUUUGUCUGCUCCUCUGGUUGGUUCUCAGCCUGGCAUGGAUGCGGCGCUGCACAAUCCCAUCCAGCCUUGCCCUGUGCGACUGUUGCCACCGGAGCUGAGGUGGCCACUGGACUUCUUGCGUUACCCGAAUCCCAUAUCAUUGAUGUAUCAAGACCCGCUCCUGUCAUAUAAUCCGAUGUUCUUUCCUCGCUCCAACCGGAAUUCACCCUAGCGGCUUAUUCGAAUAAUCUGUCCACAAGGAAUGAAAUAAUUUGCUGCAUGACAUCACGCUUUUUUAAUCCCCCUUGGUUCAGAAUUAUCAGCAUAUUUCUUCAACUUUCAAUUCUCUUAGGCUGCUGCAUGGAUUUUAUGCUGCUGUGAAGGUACUUAUUUGAGAGCGUUGCACUUCAAACGUGCAACGCUCGACGAUCGUUUAGGUGUGUUUAUGUUUAAUUCUUUGUCCCGUCUGGAAAGUUUUCCCCGCUAAGAAACAGUUGCUGUAAAAGAAAUAAUUGCUAGGAAGUAAUUACUGUAAAGUUUUAUUACAUUGGUUUCAUGAGCCAAUGAAAAAUCUGCUGCGCAUCCUGCAUAUUCCAUUUCUGUGACGUGACAGCCAUGGAUGCUUUUUUGGUUUUUGCCUCGAGUUUCUAUUUAUUUCAGUCAUUGCUUUAAAUGUGCU